UGCACAACUGAAACACCCAAAAUAACCUUUUAAAUAUAAAUUACGAUCCUCAUAAAGGAAAUAUGCUUAACCUGUAGAUUAAAACCCAAACAUCUUAGGCUCUAGCAGAGGAAGAUACUUUUGUUGCCAUCACAUCGUUUCACUUCUACCAGGGAACAACUAGUACCAUUGAGUCCACCUGCUCAAGAUCAUGCGUUCGACAUCGGAGGUCCAUAACGGCGAAGGUGCCAGACACUCAGUUCCGCCUUUAAAUGUUCUAAACGCUCCAGGUGUAAAACUGAGAAAAGUUACCUUGGUGUCAGAGUACGCAUGCCUGUCAGGGACUUGUUAAGAAACAUACGCAUAGCGAAGGGAAUGGAUCCUAAGGAUAUCCAGAGAAUGUCUGCGAAGGCAUCAAAAGGAGACAAAAAACGUGUCAAGACGUCAGCAGAUCGAAGAAACAACCAGAAAAAACGUAACUCGGUGGCUCAGGAGGAAUUGUCCAUAAUAGUGGAGGUGUUGGAGGAAGACCUCAAAAAGAGCACGUCCACACACCAGCCCAAUAAAUUGGUCACCUCGGCCAACAGACCCGAGCACAAUCCACUGCCUGAAGAGUUCCUUCCCCAGACAUACUUUUGUGAGUUCAGUCAGAAAAUGGAGAUGGCCCCAUCUCCAGAGCCUACCUCGCCUCCCGCACCCUCCUCCCCGGACGGGUUCUUCUCCUUCCCAUGUGCAGAGUAUCGGAGGAGUUUUUCGGUCCUUGCCGACAGCUUCGGUGGCUACAGUAGUGACGACUCUGAAGACUUCCGUGCCAGUCCGCAGCAGUAUGUCGCUGACUCCCCCAGCUCAGGGGACUACCAGUUCCCCUCGUAUCAUGACUCCUGUCAGUCCAGCCCAGAAUCUGCAUGUGAUUUUGGUCUGGACUAUGCUGAGGGGUCGGCGAUAAGUCAGGAGUUCCACGGUUUCUCUCAGCAGGGUUCCUAUCAGCAGAAGGAGUGGUCCAAUGACUUCUUCUGGAACCAAGUUGAGAGGGAAGGGAACCUUCUGAAAAGGUUCUCCAACAGGGAGCUGCUGACACCUGACAGGAAUGGAAAAUUGUUGCUUCAUCGACUGGUCGAAGAGGGCAAGCGGGCACACGUGUACAUUAUUGCCAAAAGAAUGGCCGACCUGAAUCAACUGAACGCCAAGGAUCAGGAGGGGAAGACUGCUCUUCACAUGGCUGCACAGAAAAACCAGCAUGUGAUGGUAGCUGACCUGAUCAGUUUGGGUGCUAACAUCAACGAGAGGGACCUGUGUGGGAAGACGUGUCUCCAUCUCGGUGCAGAAAAUGGCUAUGUCAGGGUGCUAGAGGUCAUUAUGAACGCAAUGAGAGAUGGAGUGCAUGUGGAUUUGGAAGUCAAAGAUAUGAAUGGGCUGAGCAUCCUGCAGAGUACAGUGGUAUCCCUCAGUGGCAUGGUGCAGGAGGGCGAGAGCAGGGCCCUGCAGGGCCACGCCAGGCUCCACGCCCUGCGCAAGCAGCAGAUGAUGGAGACGCUCGAGUGCCUCCUGCAGAUGGAGAGUAACGUGCACAAUGUGGAGAUCUGCAUGACCUAGCUGUGGCCUGCCCGCCAUCACAUAUCUUGUCAUGAACUUCACGUGUGUGUGUGUGUGUGUGAGCAUCUGCAGAAAGAAUGCAGUCCUGUUAACUGACGGUACAUGUUUCUGAGUGAGUACAAGCUUGAACCUGUCUCAGAAGAGUUCAGAGGAAGAAGAAGAAAAGCCAACAGUAGUUGGAAGGCCAGUUGUUUGUGUCGAGAGAGAGAGAGGAGCGUCUUCUUCUGGGCUUAAAGGUCAAAGCUAUGUAUUAUGCAGCCAGAGGGUAUUUGCAGAGUUCUGCGAUUAUCACUGAGGCUGCUCAUUAGCUGGUUUCUAUGGAAACUUAUCCUGUUUGUUCAAUUUUCUUGGUAUAUGAAGACGCACAUGUGGAGUAUACUGUGUGAUCAGUCAAUGUGUAUAUAAUAUACACAAAUAUUAUUUGUGUAGCCUCCCACCGUGUCGCUGCCUUUAUGCAGGUAGUGAGGUAAUGUUAGGGAGUGCUGCGUGGCAUGCUCAUGUUUUUUACAUGUUACAUUGUAUUUUACUGUGGGCCCUAUUUUGGCGAUCUAAAACGCAUGGUCACUAGCGAAUAGCUUAAUUCAAUUUAGGGGUUUGUCCAGUCCACAUUGGGGGUGGUUUGGUUAUCAAACAUUAUCAAAAGUCGGGCGGAUGGCGCAACAAGGCGGUUAUUAUGUUUCUUAAUCACUCUUGGGUUAAACCAAUGAGAAUGACACCUGUCAUUCCCUUUAACAGCACGCAGCGCAAUUCCAAACAGCGCAUCUGUAUUUUGCAGCGCAUUUGAAGGAAUCUGCUUGCACGUGAGACCGAAUGGAACAGAUAUUCCACUAAACCAUGCUAUACUAAAACCUAGCAGAGCAUAUAGCCUAUAUGCAUCUGUUCUCGUUUAUCCUGCAGAGGAGUGGCUCGUACUCGUUACUGGCUAAGAGCGUCUUAAUGGUACUUCUCACUGAAGUUACUAGGGAAUUACAACUUGGAAUAUAAUUAUCCAACUUAGGUUCCCAUUCUUUAUCGUAUUUACUUGUGAUGAAUCAGAUUUUAGCAUGCAAAAUACUCUGACCUUUAUUUUUAUAGACUUUAUUUGUAUAUCAGUCAUUGCCAUGGACAUAGACUAUGUUAAUGUGACAGGUCAUGUUAGAUAUCAGUUUAGUGGUAUACGCAAGUAGGCUACAACCCUGGAUAUUUGAGGUAGGACAUGGAUUCGCUUAAAUAGAGGACAAAAUGGGACUGAAACCCCAGUGUGUGGUGUGCAGUGAAUUGCUGGCACAUGAGAGCAUGAAACCAAUAAAACAAAAAUGCUUCAUGGAAACUAAGUACCCCUGUUAAAAGCAAACCUGUCGAGUACUUUGAAAGGUGUUGAAGACGCACAAAUGUAAUUCCAAACAUCAGCAUGUUCCAAACAAGUAGGCCUACAGGCACUUUGCGUGUCUUAACAUGUAGCUCACCAUAUCUGUUGGCUUGAAAGCUAAAACAAAAUUGCGUCACGAUUAAAGUUGCGACUAAAUGGGAACAUGGGGAAAUUGUGGGUCCUAAAGCCAGACCAGUUAAGAACCACUGGUUUAGUCUGCUGUGUCAAAAUC